GUGUGUGUGUGUGUGUGUGUGUGUGUGUGUUGAUGUUGUGGUGCAUCCAGAGAGGCUACUUCGGGGCAUGGUUUUGUGGCUGCGAGCUACAGGUGUGCUGGGAAAGCUCCGUGGGUAAAUGCAGUCUGUGCGGGUAACGCGUGCUGCCCGGGGGGAAGCGCACUUUACGGGCAUGUCACAGCAGACGGUCCCGGUCCGAGCUGGACUGUUUAACGUCCUGCCACGACUUCAGGGGCAAAGGUAAGUGGACUCCCGGUCAGUGCGCGCUCUCACCGUCCUCUCGCCGUGCGUGCAGCCAGACACUGAAAUGCCAAAAUAAGCCCAUGACAACAAAUAAAGUGUCCAUGACGAUAGGGUGGCAGUGCUGCUAUGAUUUGGUUUUACCUCAAGAUGCUGCCAGAACACUGCUUGUUAUUCUCGGGCAGAGAUAAGACACAUUUACAGGCGCACGGAGCUCAAUCACCACUUGAGCGUGAGAGGUUGUUAUCUUCAGACAACGAUGGGAGAAUUCCCGAGGAAAACACAUGUUGAGAUGUGCGUGUGCUCCAGGUGUCCCCAGAUCAGCGGUCAGUUAGCGCAGAGCAGCGGGCUGCAGGUUGUCCUCCGCUGCGCUCUGUUCGGUGGUUCGGCUGACAUUCGCCUCCAGAGGAAACAAGUGCACUGGGCUCUCCAGUCUACUUCCAACAGGUGACUUUGGUGGUCUCCCACAGUGAACUUGGCACUUACCACUCUGCAGCCCCCUCUGAAGCCCACUGGGAGGUCUGAAGCAACCUUUGAAGGCCUCAAGAGUGAAGUUGGUAAGCAGCAGCUGAGAGAGAUGAAGACAUGUGCCAUAUUUCUGGCAGCUCUGCUGCUCCCCAACAUCCAAGCAGUGUGUCCAGAUAAAGAGCCAGGACUGCAGCCAUGGAUGCCAGGACACAGUGUAGACCACAGGGUGACAAUUGGCUACGGCAGGAAGGUCCUCCUCACUACUUCAGCUACGGUCCACUCCAUUGAGAUUCUCAACGGUGGAAAGUUGGUGAUUGCUGACACCAACCGGCCCAUAUUGCUUCGAACAAAACACAUUCUGAUUGGGAGCAAGGGGGAGCUACACAUUGGCAGCCCAGACUGUCCUUAUAGAGGCAAUCUCACCAUCUCCCUAUUUGGAAGAUUGGAUGACAAUGAUCAGGAACACAGCUACUUUGGGAGGAAGUACAUUGGUGUGGGCACGGGGGGGACACUAGAGAUCCAUGGAAAAAAGAAACUGUCAUGGACGUUCCUCAACAAAACCCUCCACCCCGGAGAGAGCAACCAAAACAACUACCUGUUUCAGAGAAGCUGGGGCAACCGAGGCAUCAUUAUCCAUGUCAUCGAUCCCAAGACCGGAGACGUGCUACACGACGACAGGUUUGACACAUACCGCAGUAAGGAUGAGAGUCGUCGCCUUGCGAAGUAUGUGGACGGUGUGGGAGUGGGUCUCAUACUGGCCGUGGUGGUCAAUGACGAGGGCUCCAACAACUUGGAGGAAUCUGCCAAGAAGAGCCUCUCCAAACUGGGCAGUCAGCAUAUCAGCACUCUGGGAUUUCGACAUCCCUGGACUUUUAUAGUGACUAAAGGUGACACUUCUUCAGUAGUGGAGGAUCACGCUGUCUAUCAAGGGACCAAGGCCUCCUCAGAGGCCCGGAGCUCACGUGUCUUUCGGUCCAGUUAUGGGGAACAUUUCACCAUCACCACCUGCAGCCAGUGGGUGCAAGAGGCAGAGUGGACGGAAUGGUUUGACAGGGAUGAUGAGAGGGGAUCUGGAGACUGGGAGAAACUGUCUGACCUGCACGAGGCGUAUCCAGACCGAGUGUGUGGCAGUCCGAUGGAUAUACAGGCUGAAACCCAUGAUGGUAUACGAUCCAACCAGACAGGAGAUGUGAUCCACAAGAAUGACAAGGACUACGGCUUUGUCUGCCUCAACAAGGACCAGGCUCAUGGCCUCUGUCGCAACUACAGGGUCCGCUUCCUCUGUGGGAAACUGGUUCGUCCACAGGCCUCCAUAUCCAUCGACAUGUUGUCCAACAGCAGCAUCCUGGAGCUCGCUGAACAACCAGAGGGCUGGGGCUUAGGCGAUCGAGUGGUGGUGGCCAGUACUGACUACUCCAUGCACCAGUCUGAAGAGUUCACCCUGUUGCCCUGCCCGACUUGCACACCCAACCAGGUCAAGGUCCAAGGUAAGGCUCAGUUCAUCCACAUGGGUGAGGAGGUGGACGGUGUGGAUGUGAGGGCAGAAGUUGGCCUGCUGAGUCGUAACAUCCUGGUCCGUGGGGAGAUGGAACCUGGCUGCUACGGCAAUGAGGCUUGCAAAUUCUUCGACUUCGACACCUUUGGUGGUCAUUUGAAGGUGGAGCGGGGCUUCAGGGCAGUUCAUAUAUCUGGGAUGGAGCUGCAGCACAUGGGCCAGCAGACAAUGGGACACUACCCCGUCCAUUUCCAUAUGAAUGGAGACGUGGAUGAGAAGGGAGGCUACAACCCCCCCACAUCCGUCAGAGAUCUGUCCAUCCACCACUCCUUCUCUCGCUGCGUAACCAUCCAUGCCUCCAAUGGGCUACUGGUAAAGGAUGUGGUGGGCUAUGACGCACUAGGCCACUGUUUUUUCACGGAGGAUGGUCCAGAGGAGAGGAACACGUUUGACCACUGUCUGGGUCUGAUGGUUCGAGCAGGGACGCUGCUGCCAUCAGACAGAGACAGCAAAAUGUGCCGUGACAUCACUGACGGAGCGUACCCAGGAUAUGUGGCCAACCCACGCCAAGACUGCAGUGCGACUUCAACUUUCUGGAUCGCCAACCCCAAUAACAACCUCAUCAACUGUGCUGCUGCAGGCUCAGAGGAGACAGGCUUCUGGUUCAUCUUCCACCAUGUGCCCACCGGCCCCUCAGAGGGGCUGUACUCCCCUGGACACACAGAACACACUCCUAUGGGCCAGUUCAUCAACAACAGAGCACAUUCCAACCACAGGGCUGGAAUGAUCCUCGAUAAUGGAGUAAAGACCACCCAGGCUAAUGACAAGGACAAGAGACCCUUCCUCUCUCUGAUUGGAGCCAGGUACGGCCCCCACCAGGGUGCUGACCCCUUCAAACCCAGAGUCCCCGCUCUCAUCCACCACUUUGUGGCCUAUAAGAACCAGGACCACGGAGCCUGGCUGAGGGGAGGAGAUGUGUGGCUGGAUGACUGCCAAUUUGCUGAUAAUGGUAUAGGCCUCACUCUGGCAAGUGGAGGGACUUUUCCAGAUGAUGAUGGCUCUCGUCAGCAGGUGAAGAACUCACUGUUUGUGGGUGAAAGUGAUAACCGUGGGAUGCACCUCCCUGACAACCAGAUCUGGGGCCCUGGGGGCUCUGAUCCCACUGGCAGGACCUUGCCACGCGGUGUUGAUUUUCCAAUCCGGGGCAUGCAGAUUUAUGACGGACCCAUCAACGUGCAGAACUGUACAUUCCGGAAAUACACAGCUCUGUCCGGAAGGCACACCAGUGCCUUUGGCUUCAGGCUCAACAAUUCGUGGCAGAGCUGCCCCAACAAUAACGUCACUGACAUCACCUUUGACCACGUACCUAUCACGUCUCGGGUGUUUUUUGGGGAACCGGGUCCCUGGUUUAAUAAGAUGCAGAUGGACGGGGACAAGACAACAGUGUUCCAUGAUAUUGAUGGCUCAGUCAGCGAGUAUCCCGGAGCCUUCCUGGUUAAAGAGGACAAUUGGCUGCUCCGUCACCCUGACUGCAUCGACGUGCCUGACUGGAAGGCUGCGAUCUGCAGCGGUCAUUAUGCACAGAUCUAUGUGCAGACACGUAACCCUGCCAACCUGAACAUGCACAUGGUGAGGGAUGAGUAUCCUGAUCGGCCCCUGAUGCUAGAGGGCGCCCUGGGGAAGAGAAAACACUACCAGCAGUUCCAGCCUGUGAUCACACUGGCCAAAGGCUACACUAUACACUGGGACCAGGCGGCGCCUGCUGAGGUCACCAUCUGGCUCAUCAACUUCAACAAAAAUGACUGGAUCAAUGUUGGCCUCUGCUACCCACAAAGCACCAACUUCACCAUCAUCUCCGAUAUCCACAACCGCCUGACCAAACAGACCCGCAAGACUGGCGUCUUUGUGAGGACGACACAGAGAGAGAAGAUCAACCAUUCCCACCUGAUCAGAGGAUACUACUACUGGGAGGAAGACACAGGCCUGCUGUUCCUGAAGGUAAAGGCCCAUAACGACAGGGAGCAGUUUGCCUUCUGCUCCGUCAAGGGUUGUGAGAGGGUGAAGAUCACAGCUAUCAUCCCUAAAGGCAGUCCAGCCAGCAACUGCAUGGCCCAGGCCUACCCCAGACACGCUGAGAUGCCCGUUGUGGAUGUACCUAUGCCCAGAAAGAUACCUAACGCCAGGCUGCACUCACCAGAGCACUUCCUAGAGGUCAAACUGGAGUCCUACAACACUCGCUUCUUCCACAUCAAGGAGGACUUUGCCUAUACUGAGGUGAAUGGUAGGAAGUUGUACCAAGCAGAGGAUGGGGUGCAGCUGACAGUAAUUGACGGGCAUGAUGGGAAGGUAGUGGAGAGCAAAGGCUUCAGGAACUCAAUCCUGCAGGGCAUCCCGGCACAGAUAGACAACUACAUCAGUGGCCUGAGAGAUGGCUCCAUCGUUCUCAUGACGUCUAAGGGCCGUCUGAUUAUCAGAGGAUCCUGGACUAAAGUCCUGGAGAGACUUGGAGCAGACAAAAGCAUCAAAUUGAAAGAUAAGUUGGCAUUUGUGGGGUUCAAGGGCUCCUUCCACCCUGAAUGGGUCCAUCUGGAGGUGGACGCUGACCGAGCCAAGAUCCAUCAGGUCCUGCCUGUCCCUGUGGUGCACAAGAGGAAACUAUGAGGGGCAUGACAAGAGAGCCGAGAGACUAUGUAGCCCCCAAAUACUGAUACACAUAUCCCCCAAAACAUACAGAUGCACCAACACACUUACACACACAUGCACACUGCCAGCACUGAAGAAUCAGCUGCUCCAAGCUAUUGGUCCAGGAUCAAGUGGUGUUUUGUCUUUAGGUUUGGUGGCCCAUGAUGAUCUGUAUCUGCAUAAGACACCCACCAUCAGUAGAGCGCUUCAAAGUGACGACACACCCCGCGGUAGCCAUAUUGGGAGUCUUCAGCUCUGUAGCAAUAAUGGCUCAGACCAACCAAUGGGGUUUGAAGAAUCAUGGUUGUUGCUUUACAGACAUUAUAUGAUUUGAGUGACCUGGUUCCAUUUCUGAAAGGACACUGUCACUAACAUUACAAUGUUUACAUAAUGUUAGCUUGCCAACUAAAGUAACCAUAGGAUUUGUGAGGCUAACUAACUGUAUGAUACAUUGCAAAGCAGCUGCGUAUCUUGGUCUUUCAUUAUGUGCAUUAUGCUUGGCCACCCCACUCCAGCCAAGCGUAAUGCACAAGCUCCAUCCACUUCAUGAGGAUAUAAAAAGGCCCUCCUGAUUGGUUCCCCAGUGAGAUGUAAAAAGGUUUUAGGAUAUGUUGUCCAACCAGUAGCAAACUCUGUUACAGAUGAAAGCAGAGGCUCUAACAAUCAAAUGCAAAUAUUUUGUAUGAACUUUAAACAUAUCCGCUGGGAUUGGCUCCAGUUCCCCCGCGACCCUCAAAGGAUAUAGCAUAUCGAUAAUGGAUGGGAUGGAGAAAACAUUGUGAGGAAAACCUCAUACCACCCACAAAGUUACAGUCAACUGAUCUGCAAAAUAUUCAGUUCCAGUGGUUUUGGUUGGAAAGCUUUCCUACUGUGUAUACAUGUUUGGAAACCAAAGAUUAUGUAUCAAGUUAUUUUGUUAACUAAAGGGGAAGAUCAUGGUCAUGGAUGGAUUAUUGAAGGAAUAAAUCAGGCACAGAGGCACAAGGGGUCACAGAGGUCAAGAGCCAGAGCCUCUGAAUCAAGUGGGAGUUACUUAUUGUAUAUUACAACAAUAUUUCUUGUUGGAAAUUCAAGCAAACAACCACAAAAUGCAAGGCAUUACAAAAGUACUACAACUAUAAAAACGUAUUUGUUGUGUCUAUGAAUAUUGUGGUUGGCCUGCAAAAUGAUACUGAAAUGCAAAGCUAAAACAAAAGGACUACAAACGGAUUGUUUGUAUGUUUUUCAGUCUGGGUGGAGGAGUAGGAGGCUUUUUGCAUGGCUUUUACAUACCCAAGGGUCUUAUUGUAUUUCAGUGGUCAGGGUAAAGUUCUUCACUUUUAGCCCUCUGCUAAAGAGGUUCCUUCUUUACAUUACAAGGAAAGCAUUUGGAUGAAAAACAGCAGUCACACCAGUGUAAACACACAAACUUGAACUAUUACCUGUCUCUGAUUGUUUAUUUCAUUACUUCCUGCAUCUUAACAGAGGAAGUCAACAUAUAUUGCUAUUACAAAGACUUGUGUAUAAUUGUGCUUCAUAGAAGACUGGGUUGGCUAGUUUACUGUGUCACAGUUACCUGAAUUAUUCGAUAAUUCAUUUUACUAUGAUCAUUUUUCUCUCCUGGUUGUUGAUAUUAGUUUGAUACUAAGUUGUAAGAUAGCAUCUCGAUAGUAACUACCGACCAAUUCUUCAGUGGACCUCCACAAUGUCAGCCAUAGUUGCUCGGCAGAUUAUGAUGCAAAUGCAAAGCUAAAUGAAUAUGAGGGAGCAGAUAUCAGUGGAGCCAGCUGAUCAAACACAUGUAUACCGGACAUGCGUCAGUGAGCAUCCCUCCCCUGCAGGUCUGUGACGUGUGACACAUGUAGAAGUUGAGUAGUUUUACCCUUUUGAUUUUCUGUUUAAUGAAAGAAAAGAGAAGAAUCCAAACAUUCCUUGCUUUGGAUCCAGACCAGUGGUUGUUGACGUGUUCUGUUUCAUUCCAAGCUCUCGCUCACUUGAUAUUGUGAUGUUUCUUUUUUCAGUGUUUGUGAUCCAAUUGUCUGUGUUUUUGUAGUAAACCAGCAAGAGGCCCGUAACAAUAUAACAAUGAAAAAAAAGAUGAAAUUAUCUAAUGAAUGUGUAAUCAGGGAGUUUAAAAUGUGCAAUUUCCCCUUUCAAAGCGACAAGGAAAUCUUUGUUCCAAUCUGGCAUGAAAAAGGUUCCCCCUCCCAUUGCCGAAAUAGCUGGUCUUUUUUCGGAGGUCGUUGCAGUAAUUUAGUGUUUUGUAAGUUUCGUGUGUUUUUAAAAUCCACAGAUUCCUAAGAGAUAUAUUUUAUACUUAUUUAUUGUACAGACACAGUUGAUCCAAAUUUACAAGGGACAUCUUUUAAGUUGUAAUGUUAUUACUGUCCUGUAUGUAUACUAUAUGUAAGAAACAGAGCUCCAUUUUAAAAGAUUGAUCCCAGACACUCAUAGCAUACAUGCAUAUGACUCAUAUGAUAUAGUGGCUUGUUUUAACUGUACAUCAAAUGGAUGUGUUGUAUAUGUGGCUUGGGCUUGUAAAGUGAUGAAACUCUUUGAAUUUCUUUGACGACUUUUGUACAGAAAUAAAUGAUGAUGAACAGUU